CGCGCUUUCAGGCGGCUUAUCGCGGGGCAAAGACGUGCUGCCGCUGCCGGGCCGUGGUCCAAGCUCCACUGGCUCCGGGGCAGACGGCGAGUCAUCCAUCCACCCGAGCAUCGUCAGCGUCUUCAGCGCCGGCGUUUCGAACCUCGACCACGCUCGCGCUUCGCCUACAACGUGAAUAUCUGAGCAGGCAGAAUGCUCAAAUGAAGCGGCGGCAAUGAAUGGCUCAUCUGCCAGGUCAAUGAGGCGCUGUCUGCCCCGGAGCACCCAGGGCACCGCUCCGUCUGCCACCACUCUUCCCCGUGCUCUCCCUCAGGCCGUCUCCCGGUCUCAACCACUGUCACGCCACCAUCACAGCCCAUUGCACACCGUUCGGCGCUCGCAAUGGACUUCAAGUUCCUCUCCCAGCCCGCCUGGCAGCUCGCAACGCCGCUACCUGCAUAACCACCAUAACCACCAUAACCACCAUAAGGUAUCGGAUGCCGAGAUUGCGGCGCUGGCCCGGCAGCAUCAACACCCACUCAGCCUGGCUGACCUCGUGAGACACGGCCGUCCCCCCCUAUCAUCCGAAUCCCUCCUCUCCUCGGCCAACUUCGCCCUCUCGCUCCUCCCCGUGCGCCUCGCCCACCGCAUCCAGGCCCUCCGCAACCUCCCGUACAUCGUCGUCACGAACCCCAACAUCUCACGCAUCUACAACAACUACAUCCACUCGCUCUCAAUCCUCCUGCCCUACCUGCACGCCUCGCGCGACGGCCACCCCAUCGCCUCGCUGGACGACGAGGUGCGCUUUACCAACGUGCUCGCUGAGCUCGUCCAGACGCACACCGACACUAUCCCCAUUCUCGCAAAGGGCUUCCUCGAAUGCCGCCGCUACAUCUCGCCGGUCGAGGUCACCCGUUUCCUCGACCAGCACCUGCGUGCUCGAAUCGGUACGCGCCUCAUCGCCGAGCAGCACAUUGCUCUGCACUUCAGCAGUCAGCCUCACUUUGACCCGCCGGCCAGUCCUACGCCCUGCCCGGAGCACCCCUCGUAUAUUGGCGUCAUUGAUACCGUCCUCAAGCCGUCCGACAUCAUCGAUUCGUGCGCCGGCUUUGUGGCCGACAUCUGCGAGCUGCGCUACGGCGUCCGCCCGCAUCUCCAAAUCGACGGCGAGCCUGACACCACCUUCGCCUUCGUGCCCAUGCACCUCGAAUACAUCGUCACCGAGCUCCUCAAGAACGCCUUCCGUGCCACUGUUGAGAAUAAGUCCCGCGAGCCUGUGAUCGUCACCAUCGCCCCAGAGCCUCCCCUCCGCCUCCAGCACCCCUCAACCAGCGACAACCCGCCUGUCGCUGUUUCGCGGCCCUCGGAGGACGAUAACCGCGGUGCCUUCCGUAACGGUGGCAUCGCACCGCUCGACGACAACGCUCCCGGUGUCACAAUCCGCAUCCGCGAUCGCGGCGGCGGCAUCCCCCCGGAUAUCUCCCCGAACAUCUGGUCAUACUCCUUCACCACAUUCUCCGACAACCCCGACGACUUCCCGGGCUCCGGCAGCGGUAGCGACGGCCUGGGCGCCAUCACCUCCGCGAGCGCCGGUGGCAGCUCCAUUGCCGGCCUGGGCUACGGCCUACCCCUGAGUCGAGCAUACGCAGAGUACUUUGGCGGCGGCAUCGCUGUCCAGAGCUUGUACGGCUGGGGGACUGACGUCUACCUCCGCCUCAAGGGCGUUGGUAUGAUUGAUAAGUAGAGUAGGACUUGUCAUAGAAAUCCAUUCCUCUCCCAAAGAGAUUCAAGGUUCACAGGACAGAGGACAAGGGAAU